AUGUCAAUGCCAUUGUAUCAACAACAAGAGCAACCUCCUCCAGUGAGUGUGGCACAACAUUCAGCACAUGAGUCCGUUGGUCCUGUGAUUGGGGUUCUGGUUGUGAUAAUUGUGUUGGGAGUCAUUGCGGUUAUGAUUGGAAGGCUUUGCUCGGGAAGAAGAAUCAUGGGGCAUGGCCAAUACGACGUAGAAAGCUGGGCAGAGAGAAAAUGUUCUUCUUGCAUUGAUGGAAGAAUUAACCUCUCACUACCCACAAGGCCCAGUGAGUCCAGCACCUCACUUCCUGCAACUCCCAAGAGACCAGAACAAUCUUCUCAGACAUCCACACCUAACCAUUGA